AACAAUUGUCAUCAAUUUUGUAUAUUGGAAAAUUCGAAUAAUAAUAAUAAUAAGACGACGAAAAAUGGUAUUCUUCAAGAAAUGGAUGAAAAAUUUUUUCUUAAACUUAAAUUUUUAACCGGUGGUAUGUUGAAAAAUAUGAAAAUUUAUGACCAAAAUGAUCAUUGUUUGUAUGCAACCGAUUCGUUGGGUAUGAUGAAAAAACGAACAGCCAAAAUGCCAACAAUGAACAAUAAUCAUCGUUCAAAUGUCAAUCGAAAUAUCGAUAAUAAUCAUCUGACGAUGACGAAUACAAAAACAUUUUUUGGUUAUAAUUUAAAACGAUUCAAUAUUUCAUAUUUAACCAUUGAAAUUGUUACACAAUCAUCAACAAAAUUGGAUGAAUUUCAAACUGCACAAAUUAUCAUUACAUUUCUACGAUUAUUACUUGGUCAUCCGAAAUUUUUUCCAAAUAUUUACAAUCAAUUUGAUUUGAUUAUUGAUGAUUGUCAACAACCACAAACAACAACAACAACAACAACAACAACAACAAACAGCAACAAAACAGCAGCAGCAGCAAUCAAAAUUUAUUCGUCCGAAAAUUUUUCGUAAUAAUCGCAAUAAACAACAACAACAACAGCCAUAGUUGUUGAUGAAGAAAUUGAAAAUUUUUUUUCAAAAAUUUUUUUUGCUGACACUUGUUGAUAUCGAAAGAUGGCGCUUUAUCAUCAUCAAAAAAAAAUUUAUCAAUAAUUGAGCGCAACCGUAGUUUGUGUUAACAAAUCAGACAGAGUCCGCGUUUUUUUUUAUCAUCACAAUAUUUUGGCGGUAUUGAAACCAAAAGUGAGAGAAAAAAGAGUAUUCAAUGAGCCAAAAAUAAUAGACAAUAACUAAAAUCUUGAUAGUCACAAAGUAAUUGAUCGACAAGAAAAAAAUCAUGUAUCUCGGUCGGUGUGUGUUGUUUAUGAGAAUUUCGAAUGUGUAAAAAUAACGUUCGAAACGUGAAUAUUUUGUAAAAAAUUGCAUCAUCAUCAUCAUUAUAUCAUUUGGUGUUGAUUUUUUUCACCUAGAAAAAAAUCUAAAAUUCUGUGUGUGUGUGUGUGUUGAAACCAAUUAGAAUACCGAUGCGCAUUUCUGAAUCUUGUUUUUUUUUUUUGGUAUUCAGAAAAUUUUUUGGAUCUCUCAAAUAUACACAUGUAUUGGAUUCAUAUUUGGGUGUAUACAACAAUAUAGAAGCCGCUGUCACCACCACUUCUCCAAUUCCAUUCUAAAUUUUGG